GAAAGGGUUGAGGGUGACGAGAAGCAGCAGAUCCCGGGGCAAAAACACUUGGGCAACAGUUCUGGACCGGCCUUAAAGAGUGGAAGCUGUACACGCUCGCCCAUUCCAUGACGGGGACGAGAGAAACACCAACAAGUCUCUCCUUCCUCUCUUUCUCUCUCUCUCCUUUUCACUUCGAUCCCCGAGCUGCUACUCUUUAAUUCCCUCUGCUCUUUCUCUUCUCUUCUCUUCUCUUCUCUUUUAUAUAUCAAUCACAACAAGCUAUUAUCUUUGAUCGUUGUUGUUGCUGUUGUUGUUGUUGUUGAAGUUUCAUCGUGGGACUUUUUCGAGAACGAGAAAUAUUUACUUUUGUGGGUUAAUUUAUGGUAGCUUUUGGUUGUUUGAGAGUUUAGAGGAAGAAGAUGGAUUCGGGGGAUGAGCCAGAAGGGUCGGAAGGGCAGCGGAAGAAGAAGCGGUAUCACAGACACACGCCUCACCAGAUUCAAGAGCUUGAAGCGGUAUUCAAGGAGUGCCCACACCCAGAUGAGAAGCAAAGGAUGCAGCUUAGCAGGGACCUUGCGCUGGAGCCCCGGCAAAUCAAGUUCUGGUUUCAAAAUCGCAGGACUCAAAUGAAGGCUCAGCAUGAGAGAGCUGACAACUGCGCGCUGCGCUCCGAGAACGACAAGAUCCGCUGUGAAAACAUCGCCAUUCGCGAGGCUCUCAAGAAGGUCAUCUGCCCCACAUGCGGCGGCCCACCCCUCGGCGAAGACUCUUACUUUGAUGAACAGAAGCUUCGGAUGGAGAAUGCUCGCUUAAAAGAAGAGCUUGAUAGAGUUUCCAGUGUAGCAUCUAAGUAUCUAGGAAGGCCCAUCGCUCAACUUCCACCAGUUCAACCAAUACCCAUCUCUUCACUAGAUUUAUCAGUUGGGAGUUAUGGUGCUCCUCCUCCAGGACUUGGUCCUUCGCUUGAUCUUGACCUCCUUCCAGGGAGUUCUUCAUCUUCUGUCAUGCCAUUUCCUUUUCCUACUGCUGUUUCUGAACUUGAGAAGCCUAUCAUGGCUGAGGUGCCCACUAGUGCAAUGGAGGAGUUGAUAAGGCUUGUUCAGACUGAUGAACCUUUGUGGAUGAAGUCUGCUAGUGAUGGUAGUGAUCUUCUUAAUCUUGAUACUUAUGAUAGGAUUUUUCCAAGGCGUGGUCAGCCUUAUAAGAGCCCUGAUAUUCGAAUCGAGGCCUCGAGAGAUUCUAGCCUGGUGAUUAUGAAUGCUGUCACUCUAGUUGACAUGUUCAUGGAUCCUGUUAAAUGGAUUGAACUAUUUCCUACAAUUGUUUCAAAGGCAAGGACUGUUGAAGUGCUUGCCACUGGAGUUGCAGGAACUCGAAGUGGAUCAUUGAUUUUGAUGUAUGAAGAACUCCAAGUUCUUUCACCGGUUGUAUCCACGAGAGAGUUCUUCUUCCUUCGAUACUGUCAGCAAAUUGAGCAGGGCUUAUGGGUUAUAGGUGAUGUAUCGGUGGACCUGUCUAGAGAGUCUCAGUUUUCAUCAUCUUCUCGAUCACGAAAGCUUCCUUCCGGGUGCUUGAUUCAGGAAGUUCCGGAUGGAUACUCCAAGGUGACAUGGGUGGAACACAUGGAGAUUGAAGAGAAGGCUCCUACCCACAGGCUGUACAGAGAUCUUGUGAACAGUGGAGUGGCAUUUGGUGCACAGAGAUGGCUAGCCACACUGCAGAGAAUGUGCGAGAGGUUUGCACGGGUAAUGGUUACAGGAGCUUCUCCUAGAGACAUCGGGGGAGUGAUUCCCUCACCAGAAGGAAAGCGAAGCAUGGUGAAGCUUGCACAGAGAAUGGUGAACAACUUCUGCACCAGCAUUAGUGCAUCGAAUGGACACCGAUGGACCACUCUUUCAGGCUUGAAUGAUGUCGGUGUCCGAGUUACAGUCCACAAAAGCACAGACCCCGGCCAGCCUAAUGGCGUCGUUCUCAGCGCUGCAACCUCUAUAUGGCUACCUGUAUCAUGUCAGAGGGUCUUCAGUUUCUUCAAAGAUGAGCGCACUCGAUCUCAGUGGGAUGUGCUUUCAAAUGGCAAUUCUGUGCAAGAGGUGGCCCACAUUGCAACUGGUUCACAUCCUGGGAACUCUAUCUCACUUCUGAGAGCUCUGAAUUCAAGUCAGAACAACAUGCUAAUACUGCAAGAGAGUUGCACCGAUGCAUCAGGCUCACUGGUAGUGUAUGCUCCAGUGGACCUACAAGGCAUAAACAUAGUGAUGAGUGGAGAGGACCCUUCCUACAUUCCUCUCCUCCCAUCAGGCUUCACCAUUCUACCUGACGGUCGACCGGGGGGAGCCUCAACGAGCUCAAACCCGAUGAGCUCGUCCUCGGGCGGCUCGCUUAUCACUGUUGCAUUCCAAAUUCUUGUUAGCAGCUUGCCAUCGGCCAAGCUGAAUUUAGAGUCAGUAACAACCGUCAACAACCUCAUCAGCACCACAGUGCAGCAAAUAAAAGCAGCUUUGAAUUGCAGCAGCGUCUGAAGUGUCCUGGAAAGAGACCUGAAAAUCAAUCACCCUCAACCUUUUUUAACUACAGGCUCAGUGAGCUCUUGAAGUCAGCAUUCAUGAGAGGACUUUAAGCCUUCUUCUUGGUUAGUUGCCACCAUGAAUGCUACUCAUCAAGAGCUGCUGCUGAUGCCAGACUCAUAACAACACCAACAACAACAAUAACAACAACAACCACAGCAACAGCAACAACAACAACAACAACAACAACAACAACAACAACAACAACAACAACAUGAAGAAGGAGAAGAAGAGAUUGAACUUUUUACAUGAAUCCUGUGACAGUUUACAGAGGGAGUCAAGAACGCACCAUAGCUCUGUGACAAAAUGCAGCAAGGGUAAUGGUUCGGGUAUUGACUUCUCUCCAUGGAUCAAUCAAUCAAUCAAUACCAAUUUAUCAGAGAACAUUUUGUUUCUAGAACAAGUAAAGUGUGUGUGUGUGUGUGUGUGUGUGUGUGUGUGUGUGUGUGCAUGCAUGCAUGUAAUCUCUUUGUUCUUUUGUAGCAUCAAGGAUAGCAGUGUUUUGGAAUUCACCAUGGAUGAUAGAUUGAAAGGUUUUAAAGGUUUUAAUGGGGACUGUGGGGGAGCUUUAAUGCAGGAUGGGAUAGAUAUCCUGCUGGUAUUGUCCACUUUGGUCUGGAAUCUUUCUCUAAUGGUCCCCUCUCUCUUUUUCGCUUUCUUUUGUAUUGAGAGGCCAUUCAUCACUGCCAUAAUUCUCAACAUUUAUUAAGUUUUGGUCUGUUUUACUA